AUGGUCGCUUUGGAGUGCGAAGAGCUGCCGGAGGUCACGGAGAAUCGGCUCCAGCGUCGGAUGUUGAACAUGAGCUUCGCAGCGCUGGUGAACCUGCUGAGCGUCAGGCGCGCUGCGCCUGGGAGGGUUCAGCUCAUGGAGGCGCUGAAGGAGAUGCGCGCGCUGUGCGUCCGGCUGAGUCACGGAGUGCCGGCUUGA